AUGGCCAGUCGGCGCGACUUCCUCAGCCAACCGGCGCCCGAGAACUACAUUGCUGGCAUCGGCCGUGGCGCGACAGGCUUCACGACACGAUCCGAUCUGGGCCCGGCACGCGAGGGACCCAGCGAGGACCAGAUCAAGGAGGCCGUGGCCAAGCGUGCGGCGCAGCUCGGCAUCGGCGGCGACGGCAAAAAGGGCGACGACAAGGACGACGACAAGGGCGGCGACGACGACCGGUUCAAGGACCCCGACAACGAGGUCGGCCUCUUCGCCGGCGGGCUCUACGACAAGGACGACGAGGAGGCCGACAGGAUAUGGCAGGAGGUCGACGACAGAUGGGCAGGCGGCGGCAGAAGCAGCGGGGGCGCGCGAGCUGUCCAAGAAGAGUACGAGCGCAACAACCCGAAAUCUCCAGCAGUUGCGACCGGACCUCGGCGCGGCCCUGGGCCUAUCACGGACGACGAGGACGAACCCAACAGCCCCGGAGGCUGGAUCGCCGGCGCGCGCCUCGAGGAGCUCGCCGGCAAGACGGUGGCCGCCCGCAACGUCAUCGCCCGCGGCUGCGAAAAGUGCCCCAAGAACGUCGACGUCUGGCUGGAGAACAUCAGGCUCAACGAUGUCCGCAACGCCAAGAUCAUCGCCGCCGAGGCCAUCAAGAAGAACGACAAGUCGGUGCUCUUGUGGGUCGAGGCCAUGCGGUUGGAGAACGAACCGCGGGCCAAGAAGAGGGUCAUCCGGCUGGCGCUGGACCACAUUCCCGACUCGGAGGCGCUGUGGAAGGAGGCUGUCAAUCUCGAGGAGGACCAGACGGACGCUCGCCUGUUGCUGGCCAAGGCGACCGAGAUUAUCCCUCUGUCGGUCGACCUCUGGCUGGCGCUGGCGCGGCUGGAGACGCCCGAAAAUGCGCAAAAGGUGCUGAACAAGGCGAGAAGGGCGGUGCCGACGUCGUUCGAGAUCUGGAUCGCCGCUGCCAGGUUGCAGGAGCAGCUGGGGGCCAGCGUCAACGUCAUGAAGCGCGCUGUCAACGUCUUGGUCAAGGAGUCAGCCAUGCCGAAACGCGAGGAAUGGAUCGCCGAGGCCGAAAAGUGCGAGGAGGAGGGCGCCGUCGCCACGUGCGGCGACAUCAUCAAGGAGACUCUCGGCUGGGGGCUCGACGAGGACGACGAUCGAAAAGACACGUGGAUGGACGAUGCCAGGGGGAGCAUCAACCGCGGCAUGUACGAAACGGCACGGGCCAUCUACUCGUACGCGCUCCGCGUCUUCGUCAACAGCAGGACGCUGUGGAUGGCGGCGGCCGACCUCGAGAGGAACCACGGCACCAGGGCGUCGCUGUGCCAGGUGCUCGACAAGGCCGUCGACGCGUGCCCCAAGAGCGAGAGCGUCGUGUUCGAGCGCGUGCUCGGCCACACGGACGCCGCGCUGGACCUCGUCCAGCAGGCGCUGCAGUACUUCCCCGCGGCGGCCAAGCUCUGGAUGCUCAAGGGCCAGAUCUACGAGGACCUCGACAAGCUCGGCCAGGCGCGCGAGGCGUACAGCACGGGCGUCAAGGCCGUGCCGGCGUCGGUGCCGCUCUGGCUCCUGUACGCGCGGCUCGAGGAGCGCGCCGGCCUCGUGGUCAAGGCGCGCUCCGUGCUGGACCGCGCGCGCCUCGCCGUGCCCCGGUCGCCGGCGCUCUGGUGCGAGUCGGUGCGCGUCGAGCGCCGCGCCGGCAACGUCAACCAGGCCAAGUCGCUCAUGGCCAAGGCGCUGCAGGAGGUGCCCAAGAGCGGCCUGCUGUGGAGCGAGCAGAUCUGGCACCUCGAGCCGCGCACGCAGCGCAAGCCGCGCAGCCUCGAGGCCAUCAAAAAGGUCGACAACGACCCCAUCCUCUUCGUCGCCGUGGCGCGCCUGUUCUGGGGCGAGCGCAAGCUGGAGAAGGCGCAGAACUGGUUCGAGAAGGCGCUGGUGCUGGACAGCAACAACGGCGACACGUGGGCUUGGUACUACAAGUUCCUCCUCCAGCAUGGCACAGACGAGAAACGGGGCGAGGUCAUCACCAAGUGUGUGCUCGUCGAGCCGAGACACGGCGAAUACUGGCAGGCGAUUGCGAAGCGCCCAGCCAACGCGAGAAAGGGAACCGAGGAGAUCCUCAACCUGGUGGCCAACAGUCUAGAAAGGUAAAGACGGGACGUCAAACAUGUAUAAGACAGGGAAGCAGUGUACUAUUGGAAUUGCAGCGGAUACAUGAUUAUAUUCAACACUUCACAGACAGCCCGAGGGCAGGGUCAAUGGAUCAUUUCCAGGGUUGGAUGGGAUUGGUGGUGGUCAUCAAUUACUAUGUCAUGUCGCCGCGCCCUUCCAUGUUGUGUGAACAGAAGUGAGCAAAAAGGGGAAAAAAAAAUCAGAAG